AUGGCCCCCGCCCGCAGCCACCUCGCCCCAGCGGCCCUCUACGCCGCGGCCCUCCUGCUGCCCGCCGCCUCCGCCAACUUCGGCAACAGCUUCUACCUCGGGCCCUGGGACGGCGCCGCCUACAUCACCAAGGCGACCUACUCGCUCGCCGCGCCGGCCGUCAUCCAGGGCUACGACACCUCCGACAAGUCCCUGUGGAUCUCCAUCUGGGUCGGCGUCCAGCCCAACGUCCCGGACGUCUCGCAGGCCAACCUCGUCCAGCCCCUGCUCAACUGGUGCGCCGACCAGGCGUCGUGCGGGUGCGACGCCGGCGCCGACGAGUGGUGCGUCACCGCCAGCACGUACACGCCCGAGGGCCAGACCGGAAACGCCUAUGUCGCCGUGCCCAAGGACGCGAAGCUCGAUUUUGAGAUCGCCGUCAACGCAGACACAAAGAAGAUCGACCAGAAGGUGACCCUGAACGGCAAGGUGGUCUCCGAGCUGUCUGACUCCCAGGGAAUGAAGCCCCAGAUCAUCUACAGCGCCAACGAGUGCUCCACGGACGGUUGCGGCACGCUGCCCGACUUCAGCUGGGACAACGUCACCAUCACGCUGAGCGAGGCCAAGAAGGACCUCGGCACCAUCAUCUCCUACCACGGCGCCUCCUCCUCCGGCCUCAAGACCACCGACGGUGGCGUCACGUGGCACGCCGACUCCAUUUCCAUGGGCAAGGACACCGACUGGAGCAUCCAGUAA